GCCAUCGUCUCUCGGUGCUAUUUUCCAGGUAAUUUUCACGAAUUUUCUGGGCAAAAACAAUUUUUCUUUUCACGAUGCCGCAAAAUUUAUGACAGGUGUGCUGUGCAAAGACAUAUCCAUCGGACAUAGAGGACAAAUCCAUGGAAAAUGUAGUGAACUUUCCAGGGGAUACUGUUUAUGGGGAAUUGCAGCAUUUGACACAUCCACAAAAAAGUUCCAGUCGCAGAAAAAAUGAGUAAAAGCGAGCAAUUAGUAAAUAUUUAGUUGAUUUAUGGUGCAAAAGUGCAUUGUGGUGAGUGAAGUGAGCCAUGCUGACACUGCUGAGUGAGACGCGUUUCUGGUCAUGCAGGGAGGACAUCAAGAUCAAGGAUACGGAUUUUGGAUGCUACAGGUAUCACACGAAGAAGGAACUCACAACAGAUGAGGGUGUCUACGCGGCAGGGAAGCGCCUCUACGGCCAGAGGCGCGACAUCAAGUUCACCGUGGACAAUAAGGGGGCAACAAAAUUGCGGAAUAGCAUAAGGAAGCUGGAGGAAUUGCUGGAGAAGCACAAGGUGAUCUACUGCCAGUGGAAGGACAACGUUGUGAUGCGAAUGAUGCUCUCAAAUGGGCUUAUUGUUCACAUAUGUGUCAACAUUUUCACGGGUGAGGUGAUGAGAGUGGCCUUCGACAAGUUUUUCCUCGGCAAGAUCGUCUCGGAAUCCAUUACGGAUGUUCUCAUGACGCGCCUCCACAUUCUCAUUGCCUACAAUCAGAAUCAGAUCACUUUUGUGUACCUGCAGAAGCCCACCCUCAAACGUUCAAUGCCCGAAAAGAUUGCCCGAAUGGAACCGAAGAUUUUUAAUAUAAUCAUCGGGGGCCCACAGGGGCGGAAGCUGCCACGUCAAAUCUCCUGCAAUGUCAGCUGCGAUCUCGUGGCCAUCUGGACGCGUUCGUCCCAGAAUGAGGUGUACCCAUGGCGACCGACAGUGCGUGAUCAGGAUCGUGCCAAUAUUCACAUUUACAAACUCAGCCGAGCCAAAUUGGAGCCACUGUGCUUCCACUGGACGGAAAAUGAUCCCAUUUGCAUUGAAUUUGUCCGCCUCAGUGACAAUCAGCUGCGCACGGUUGAGCAGAAAGUUUCCCGGAAGGGUGAAGUGACAAUUGAGAGCUCCGUGUAUGAAAUCAACAAGGUGAAACUCAAUCGGAUUGCCGUAACAUCCAUUCCGCUGCAGACGCAGGUCUGCUGCCACUCCUACAGUCCGGAUCACGAGAAACUCAUGCUGGGCUGCAUCGAUGGGUCCAUUGUGCUCUUUGACGAAGGUCGGGGCAUCACGCAUCUCGUUAAAGCGGCUUUUAUCGCCACGAUGAUUUCAUGGCACUGUGACUCGGGGCUUGUGGUGAUUGCCAAUGAGAGGUGCCAAUUUCAGUGUUUCGACAUCUCCCUCUCGUGCAUAAAGAGCCAAUUGAUCAGCGAAGACUACACACCGUCCAAUAUUCUCGAUGUCUCCAACUAUUUCAGCAAUCAACCGACACUCUCGAAGAUUUGUUGGAACAAGAAGCCUGAUCUUCAUGGGCACACGGAGAAAUUCACUCAAACUGACAGCUUCCUCCUUCUUAUCUUUGAGGGUGGACCCGUGGGGUGUAUGCGCUUCUUCGGUGGCAGUGGGAUGAAAGGGGACAUUCAUACUUCUGGUUUCACGCCGGACGUCUUCGUGCACAGCUACUUGAGUCUCAAUCAGGUGGAGAAGGCCAUAAAUAUCCUACUUUGCCUUAAUUGGGACACCUACGGGGCCAUGUGCUUGAGUAGUCUGCAUAAAAUUGCCAAUUUCAUCUUUCGCCAUCCCCUCACGGCAGAUCGUGAGUUGCAGCUGCAGAAAGCCCUGGGGAGCUUCCAUGUGCCCGUAAAGCCACUGUGUGAGGAGACAGAGUUGGAAUUUGGGGAUCAAGUGAAGGAUAUUACGCGAAAGUUCUUUCAGUACCUUCUGCGGUAUCGAUCGUUUGAGAAGGCAUUCAGUUUGGGUAUUGAUAUCAAUGAUGAGGAUCUCUUUAUGGACCUCCACAAUGCUGCUGUUGCGAAUGGAGAUGGGAGCUUAGCGGAGGAUGCAAUAAGGAAGGCUGAGGAGAUCAUUAAUAAUGUCAAUAGUCGUGAGAGUAGUCAUUCAACAUGUUCACGAUCUUCCUGUUCGCUCUGUACGGAAAAUUCAGUCUCAUCCAGUGAGGAUUUAACGGCAGCAGCAGCUGGAGCACAGAAGCCACCACCGGAUGUUGUGGAGUGCUCCACUGGCGGAGGGAUGACUGAGAAUGAUAAUCUCCUAGCGCCAAGUGUGCCGAAUAAACGACAAGGGAUUCAUGGGGCAUCUGUGACUUCGACGGCAUCCUCAACGUCAUCCUUCAUGGAGCAUCCACCACUUCCGACAGUCUCCUCAACGCCCAAAACAUCCUACAUCCCACCUCUGCCAUACACAUCCAGUAGUCUGCACGAUCAGACAUUCCGCAUAACAAUUCCAAAGCCAGAGCUGAAGAUUUCACGUGCAACCUCCGCCUUUGGGGGCCCCAAUACGAAGACACUUUACAAUUCCCAUGAGGAUAUCUUCCUCACGGAUCCCCCACUUCCGGCAACGAAGACCACGAAGAAAUCUCACGUGGGUGGAAGUCAGCAGAAUCUCCUCGAUGAUGGGGGUACAGGGAGAAUGGGAUGGCGUCCAAAUCUUGGCAAGAAUAGCUUCUCCACCGAUUAUCUCGAUCGUUUCCACGAUACCUACAGUUUCGUUCCGUCUGCAAAGCUUUCAUCCAAUGCGGCAAAACCUCCAAUUGCCCUGCCACGUUCAGUCUUCCCCAAAGAGCACAUGGUGAUUGAUAUUAUCCCGAAACCCUCAUCGAGUGCUCAGCAAACCUCCCGAACAGCCAGUGCAAUUGAUCAAACACUCGGUAUUCCACUCACGUACAAUCCACCCAGCUUCCAUCAUCUCAAGCACACCUUCCCCAGUGUUUCCGCCCUCUAUGGCAGAAGCUCAGGCGCCCAUGCGUCUGGGGGGCUUUCCCGUGCGGAUAGUCUUCAAUCCAUCAAUACAGUGGCAGUGCCAACGGUCAUACAUCAGUAUCCACUGAUUUCCGGCAACAUUCCCGCCGUUUCGUCGACAAAUUCCCCAAAAGCGCACCUCCUGGAGAAUAGUGCAAUAAUAAAUCCAUCAACAAGUGGAAAUUCAUCGUAUCUAAGGAAUACAAAGGAUACAGCCUCCAUCCUCGCGCUCACAUCCCCCUCAGGGAGGGCGCAGGUGAAUCACAUGAGUGCCGGGGGUGGUAAUCAGGGUGCCAAGAAGGAGUCCGGAGAGAAGAAUAAAGUAAAGUUCUCCGAUACGAUCACUGUUGCAGUUGUUCCGGAAAUCCCAAGGAAGGAAAAAUCAUCAGUUCCUAGUGAGAGAUCCAAGAGAUCCAAUGGAUAUCACCAAAUAACUGAUCCUCAGAGGGAAUUGGCCGAUAGCUUGCCCCUUUGUCAUCCCAAUGAUGAAUAUCUCAAGGACUUUACGCCCAUGUCUGACGUUAAACCCGAGGCUGAGAAUGAAGCAAAUCCACGCAAUGCAAAUUCAACGAUUAAAGUUGUUCACUUUGGCGUGGUCUAAAGCAAUAUAAUUGCAAUUUUUACUUUUUUCAAUGAAGAAAUUUUGGAGAUAAUCUCACAGAGUACAAAAUUGAAACAAUCCGUCCAUUUAAAUGCGAAGAUUAAGAUUGGAAAGCUUUAACUUUACAGAGAGGGAGUUUAUUUAAAAGAGAAGAUGCGAUGAGAAAAAGGGAGAAGAGUUUUUUGAAAUGUUGUAUUUUUAAGCUAUAAAACUAUUUUAUAAAUUCUUUUAACUUUA